UUGCCCGCCGCCUCUCGGCUGUGCGUGGCCUCCGCAGUGGAACGAACCAUGCUAGACUUCCCCCAGCAUGUCUCCUCUGACAGGGAUGUACGGGCAGCAAGUACAGAAGCCGACAAAAGACUUCCUCGUUUUGAUAUUGAGAUGAGCAUGAGAGAUGAUGUAUUUCUGAGAAUUGUUCAUUUACAGGAAACCUGUGAUCUAGAGAAGAUAAAACCUGAAGCCAAACGAUAUUUGGAAAAAUCCGUUAAAAUGGGAAAAAGGAAUGGGCUCCAUCUUCCAGAACAAGUACAAAAUGAAAUUAAAGCAAUGAAGAAGAGAAUGAGUGAGCUAAGUAUUGAUUUUAACAAAAGCCUCGGUGAGGAUGAUACCUUCCUUGUAUUUUCCAAGGCUGAACUUGGUGCUCUUCCUAGUGAUUUCAUUGACAGUUUAGAAAAGACAGGUAAUGACAAGUAUAAAAUUACUUUAAAAUAUCCACACUAUUUUCCUGUCAUGAAGAAAUGCUGCAUCCCUGAAACCAGAAAGAAGAUGGAAAUGGUUUUUAAUACAAGGUGCAAAGAGAAAAACACUGUAAUUCUGCAGCAGCUAGCCCCCCUGUGGGCCCGGGUAGCCAAACUGCUGGGCUACAGCUCACAUGCCGACUUUGUCCUUGAAGUGAACACUGCAAAGAGUACCAGCCGUGUGGCAGCCUUUCUAGAUGAUUUAAGCCAGAAACUAAAACCCCUGGGUGAGGCAGAACGAGAGUUUAUUCUGAAUUUGAAGAAAAAGGAAUGUGAAGAGAGAGGUUUUGACUAUGAUGGGAAAAUCAAUGCCUGGGAUCUACAUUAUUACAUGACUCAGAUGGAAGAACUCAAGUACUCUGUAGACCAAGAGAUCCUCAAGGAGUACUUCCCCAUCGAAGUGGUCACAGAAGGCUUGCUGAGCAUCUUCCAGGAGUUGCUGGGACUUUCAUUUGAGCAAGUGGCAGACCCUCAUGUGUGGAGUAAGAGUGUUACACUGUACACUGUGAAGGAUAAAUCGACAGGAGAAGUAUUGGGCCAGUUCUACUUGGACCUCUAUCCAAGGGAAGGAAAAUACAACCACGCAGCCUGCUUUGGUCUCCAGCCCGGCUGCCUCCUCCCUGAUGGGAGCCGCAUGAUGUCGGUGGCCGCCCUUGUGGUGAACUUUACCCAGCCACUGGCAGGUCGCCCCUCUCUCCUGAGGCACGAUGAGGUGAGGACCUACUUCCAUGAAUUUGGUCAUGUCAUGCAUCAGAUUUGUGCACAGACUGAUUUUGCACGGUUUAGUGGAGCAAAUGUGGAAACUGACUUUGUAGAGGUGCCAUCACAAAUGCUUGAAAAUUGGGUGUGGGACAUUGAUUCCCUUCGAAUACUGUCAAAACAUUAUAAAGAUGGAAACCCUAUUAUGGAUGAUCUGCUUGAAAAACUUGUUGCUUCUAGACUGGUCAACACAGGUCUUCUGACUUUACGCCAGAUUGUUUUGAGCAAAGUUGAUCAGUCUCUCCACACCAACACAUCGCUAGAUGCUGCAAGUGAAUAUGCCAAAUAUUGCACAGAAAUUUUAGGUGUUGUAACCACUCCAGGCACAAAUAUGCCAGCUACCUUUGGACAUUUGGCAGGGGGAUAUGAUGGCCAGUAUUAUGGAUAUCUUUGGAGUGAAGUAUUUUCUACGGACAUGUUUUACAGCUGUUUUAAAAAAGAAGGGAUAAUGAAUCCAGAGGUUGGAAUGAAAUACAGAAACCUAAUCCUGAAACCUGGGGGAUCUCUGGACGGCAUGGACAUGCUCCAGAAUUUCUUGAAACGUGAGCCAAACCAAAAAGCGUUCCUAAUGAGUAGAGGCCUGCAUGCUCCAUAAACUGGGGAUCUUUGGUAGCAGUCCAUGUCUGGAGGACAAGUCUGCAUCACCAUGUGUUACUGGCCUGGAAACUGAAGGGAGUUUUGCAAAUGAAAGUUUAGAUUUGUAUUAACCACCUUUUUUUUUUUAAAUACAGAUGUAAAUGGAAUUAUAAAUACUGUGUCCUAAGAAAAGACCCAUUAGAAAAGAAUUGUACUAUAAAAUUUCAUAAAAAUAUAUUUGAUUUCUUUUUAUAAAAGCUUCAUAUGAAUGUAAUUUGAUUUUUUACUAUUAUAACCUAGGUAAUAUAAUACAAGAGGACUAAGAUUUUUUAAUUGAAUCAUAUACAUUAUAUAAUUUGAUCCUUCUUAUCUUGAAGUUUCAUACUUGAUAAAUGAGUCAUCACAUUCCUGUGGUAAAAUUUUCUUGAAACCCUGCAUCAACUUUGACUCUCUGCCUCACAGUAAUGUGUGACCUCUUUGCCUGCAUGUGUCAAGGCCAGGGGAAUAUGCUCAGUAAUGCAUUUAUUUUUGUAUUUCAGGCCUUACGAUUCCCAACUUUCUGCCACACUUAAAUUAUGUUCCUCCAUUUGGGUUUGUCUUUUCUGUCUGAAGUACAGCCAGAGAGUACCAAAAAAUUACCAGUUUUUUAAUUGAACUGGCCUAAUGUGGCUUGCAAGUUUUUGUCUCUUGUGUUAGAGGAGUUGGGAUCUUUUAUUAGAGGUUCGUUACCAUUUUGCCAUACAAGAUGAUCAGUUUUCCUAUUUGGCAACGAGAAUACAAAAGCAAGUCCAAGGUAUGUUUCUCUUCUCAUGUUUCUAAUAAGCGGUAGGACUUUGCCUCCUUUACUGCUACCUCACCUUAAGUGGCAAGUAAAUAUGUCACAAAUGGAUAAUCAGAGCAAGUGGGUGGAGAGCCGAAGCUGAUAUGGGGCAUAAAGAGCUUAGAAACUCCAGAAGAGGAGUGGGAUCUGGACAGAAGUGUUUGAGGACAGCUGCUCCAAAAUGUUAAGUGUGCCCAAACGCAGCCAUGGGAGGAGGCUCUCUGUAACCUGUUUUGUCUGGUGACUUUUAUUUUAAAUGAACCUUUGGAACUCUCUUUAACUCUCCUUACUGUGGGCUGAAACUCCAACUUACAGCAGAGCAAUAAACUCACAGUGCUUAUUUUUCCUCUUUUCAGUAAGGAAACCAAA